CCACUCGACUGAACAUGGAUCACUAUUUAAACACCAAACGACUUCCACAGUCGAAACACCAAGCUUUCUCUGAGAGUUCUGCAGUCCGAGACCUGCUGCGUCUCACCUGGACACCACAGGCGAGUGGUUCUGAGCCAGUGGCUGAUCCAGUUUUUUCCACCAAAGUAUGGCGUUUCCUCGCUUCGUUUUGUUGAAAGUGGUGCUUCUAGGUGUGUUGGUGGUGGCGGCCGCCCAUGUGAGCCAUGAUUCAGAUGAUGUAACUGAUCGAGGCAUUCCAUCGACCUCCUCAUCGCAUCAUGGACCCGGUGGUAGGUUCAGGUUGACAGAGGAAUCUGGUGCAGGACGAAGCCUCCUAAAUAUUCAGGACCCUUGCGGUCAAGGCAAUUCUCCUGCCUACAAUUGCGCAAGGAUUCUUCCCAGGGGAUCGAGGAGGCCUGUUUGCUGCAGUAGUCCGAGGAGGCAAUGCAGGGAUAUUGGUGCCACAGACAGAAACAACUGCGGGGCGUGCAACAGGAGAUGCUCAUGGAACGAAAUCUGCUGCGGCGGGAGAUGUUAUGACUCACGAAGAAACUCAAAUCACUGCGGGAGGUGUAAUAUUAGGUGCCCUCGCGGCUUCCAGUGUAUUCAAGGGACUUGCGGGUACAAUGGACAUGAGUAUCGCUAGAUGUUUCACGUCAAUCAAUGUUCGAGGGAGUCUUCGCGAUUAUUCAAAAGUUGCUCGUUUCUCAUACUCAACCUUGUCACAUUGCUUGUCCGGUGUUCCAUCCCAUCGUUGGCCACCAGACGAUUCUCCUUGAAAGAAACUGAGCAUUCGAUGAAUCCAGGAAUAUUAAUGGGCUUUCAACGUUAGUAGAUCUUCAGUUGAUUCUGCUAUAUAGAAUUUAGAGGUUAUGUUAUGCUAUUGUCCUGCUACUAAUUAAAGGGUCUAAUAAUUUCCGAUUUUACCAAUAAGGUUCAAAUCCCCUUCAGCUCUGACUAUGAUGGGGUCCUAGAGGAUAUUGGCUUCUUUCUUGACUUCUAGGAACUUUGCUAUAUAAAUAUAUUAGGGAAAAAUUGGAUACGCCCUUGAAAACUAAGAACAGGGAGUAUACAAGGUCUAGUGGGAAUCAUUGAUUGAAAGUGCGGAGGGACGGAUGCAAUAAGUAUCACACAAGAAAUUAUCUUGAGGAUUCAUUUCUGUAGAGAUAUCUUUGAUUCCAGCCAAUGUAAAGCUUCAUAGCUACUCUUGGGUGAAUCGGCUCAAGGGCUAUUUGAUUCCACCGAGGUUAUCUCCUAUUGUGAACACAAUAAACAUUAUGAAACUUUUACUAACA